ACAAGUGGCACACAGGUGAUCCGCUUAGCGAGACUGUGACAGACAAACAAAACUUUCAAACUUACGAGUAACUCAACGUUACUAACAAGAAGACAAUAACAACCAAAACAACAGAAAAACAGAAGUGCGACAUGAAGAGCUAUGAAGACGAAGAGAAGAGACUCCGACUCUUCAAGUCCUAAGGCCUCUACAUCAUACGAUCCAUACGGACAUUGAAAACCCAAUAAAAGAUGUAAAUAAGAAAAGCAACCACCUUGGAAUUGGAGAAAACAUGGUUGGAAGUAAUGCUGUAGAGGAACCAGCCCUGAAGAAGGUAAAACUUGCAAAAGACAACACAAUUGUAGAAACAGCUAAGGCAGCUAAAGAGUACCUUGGCGAGGAGGAUCUUGAAGAAACAAGAUCAGGUACCAGGGCUGUUAGAGACAGUAGCAAAGCAGCAAUGAAAAGACUAAGCACUAUGGCCAAAACUGCCAAGGAAGGAGAGGCUUUGCUUAAAGAGCUGGGACAUGCUGAUGAAGCAACAGAGUCACAGAGGAGACGUACUAGAUCUCAGACUCGGGGAGAUCCCAUUCCUGCACCUCCUCUAAAGAGAACCCCAAGACAGGAAGCAACUAGGCGAGGACGAAGAGGAAGGCCACGAAAAGAAGAAAGAAGGUCAUCAAGUGAGGACUUUGACCAAAAGGAUGAAAAAGAAGACAGCAAUGACGUGAAAGAACAGGAAACAACAAAAGUGAACAAUAAAGAGAAUGAAGAACAGGAAGAAAAAGGAAUCAAUCCACAGACAGAGGUGUCUACGGGAGAAAAUGAGCCACCUUCAAGUCAAAACUGAUAUUUUAUGUCACUCAGCUCUGAUUUUUCAACAAGCAGCUUCAUUGCCAGGGAAAAAAGGGAUUUGUAAGAUUUUAAAAAAGUAUAUAUAUAUAUAUAUAUAUAAAGAUAAAAUGAAAUUAAUGGAACAACUAAACUCCCCUCUUUAAUUCCAAGGAUUUUGGUUUUUUUAAAGCCACUGUGGGAGAUCCAUAAAACAUUUCUCUAGAAUCUUACAUUUUUCAGUUUAGCCACCUUUAACUUUUGAAUCUUACUAGUUUACAUUUUACAACUUAGAUAGUUUUUCUAUGUAUAGAUAUAUAUUUUGUUCUAAAGAAAGUUUAUGGCUUUCCCUAUAAGGUUAUUGUGUUCAUCUUUUAUUGGGAUGUUUAACAACAUCUAACAAUCACUAAGCUUAGUUGUUAAAUACUGAAUGAAACUUAAAAAAAAACAAAAAACAACUAAUUAUUCUUGUGUGUUCCUGGUUGUGGCAUAGAACCUUUGCUAUGACUGACACCAGUCCCAAUACAAGGAAUGUUUUAUAUAUUAUUCUGUGGUGCAAGUAGAA